UUGACAAUUUGAUUGUCACACUCGUAUUCGUUCACUACAAUUUUAUCAGUAAAAAAUUAGCGGUGGUCGCGGAAGGACUGAUUAUCAAGAUCAAAUAUUAAUAAAAUUGUACGUGCUGUGUUCAAAAGUGUUUCGGUUACUUAUUUCUGCUCUUUAAAAGUUAUUUUGAUGAAUAUCCGCACAACAUUGCCCAAGUACCUAGUUACCAGUGCCUUACAAUCAAAUUUUCCACGAGCGGGUUGAAUGAAAAAAAAUAUUACCUGCUCUAGGUAUACAAUAAAUAAUAAGUAGGUAGUGCACAUUUUUGUUUAGUUUGAAUUUCGUGUCGGAGUGCGUGAGCGGAGUGCCGGUACACAGGUCAUGUGUUUGCACGUCCUAUAAGGUUACAAAACCAUACCGACCGCCGGAGUCAACCGUAGGUAAAUCAUGGAGUCAGUAAAUAAAAAAGGACGCCCUCCACAUCCUAGGGCCAAGGCAGGUCCCUUAUCAGCCCUUACAUUCACAUGGACCCUGCCAAUUUUUUGGAGUGGUAUCAAAAGAGAAAUGGAAGAGCAAGACCUUUAUGAGCCUCUUGUAGAACAUUCUUCUGGACCACUAGGGGACAAAUUCGCGCGGCUGUGGGAAGACGAGGUCCGGCGUGCAGGAGCCAAACGCAAGCCUAGUCUCUUACGUGUGAUAUUACGAGCGUACGCCGCGAGGUGUAUGCUUUACGGAUUCGUACUGCUCUUCAUGGAGUGUGGGAUAAGGAUUGCACAGCCAGUGUUCCUGGGCAAGCUGGUCGAGUUCUACAGUCCGGGGCACUCCAUGAAGCGGGAGGAAGCGUAUAUGUAUGCAGGUGCCGUAGUGUUGUGCUCAGCGCUAAACGUGUUCGUCGUGCAUCCCUACAUGAUGGCCAUAUUACACAUGGGCAUGAAGUUCCGAGUCGCCUGCUGCUCCCUCAUAUAUAGAAAGUCAUUAAGAUUAUCAAAGACGGCGCUAGGAGAAACGACAGUCGGUCAAGUGGUGAACUUACUAUCGAACGACGUGAACAGGUUCGACGUGGCCAUCAUCUUCCUCCAUUACCUGUGGAUAGGACCUCUGGCCACCGUCAUCAUCACGUACUUCAUGUGGGUCGAGAUCAGCUGGGCGGCGGUCGUCGGAGUCGGCUUCAUGUUGGCAUUUAUACCGUUACAAGCCUAUUUGGGAAAACGUACUUCAGUUCUGCGAUUAAAAACGGCGCUACGGACCGACGAACGUGUACGGCUCAUGAACGAAAUCUUAUCCGGAAUACAAGUAAUAAAGAUGUACACAUGGGAGAAACCAUUUGCGGAUCUAGUCGCCAAAGCGAGAAAACGAGAAAUCAAGCAGAUCCGAGCUACUUCAUACAUCCGAGGUGUUCUGACGUCAUUCAUAAUGUUCACGACGCGUAUCUGCCUGUUCUGCUCGAUCCUCGCGUACGUGCUCGCCAACAAUGUCAUCAGUGCCAAGCAAGUGUUCGUGGUCACCAGCUUCUACAAUAUCCUCAGACAAACUAUGACCGUGUUCUUCCCACAAGGUAUUGCACAAGUAGCAGAAGCAACAAUAUCAAUAAAACGGUUACAAAACUUCAUGAUGUACGAAGACACGAGUAAACCAGUUCCUGGACUAGCAGAGAUACAGACUUCAACCAAGCCUAAAGAGGACGCACGUAAAAUGGAAUCAGAUCCUGAGUUGCCAGCUAAAAAUGGAUCAGAUGAAAAAGAGGAAUUUGUUGCCGCUAAGAGUACCUCCACGAAGGAGGAUGAGGCGAGAGGCAAUGGUAACGCAACCCUGGCUCCAAUAGAAUCAGGUGAAGACGAGGACCAGGAACUGGCCGCCCGUGUGGAGGAAGACGCGCGCGGCGUCAGACUGAAACACGCUACUGCUAAAUGGAUCACAUCGCACUCUGAGAACACGCUCACAGACCUGUCGCUGACCAUCAAGCCUGGCAAGAUAAUAGCAGUAAUAGGCCCUGUGGGUGCCGGCAAAUCUUCAUUACUACACGUCCUUCUGCGCGAGCUGCCUCUUCUGUCAGGCUCCGUCCACGUGGGUGGUACCGUGUCAUACGCCAGCCAGGAACCUUGGCUGUUUGCAGGCAGCGUCCGUCAGAACAUCUUAUUCGGGCAGGCGAUGGACCGGCCGCGCUACAACGCGGUGGUCCGGCGUUGCGCGCUCGACCGUGACUUCACGCUGUUCCCACACGGAGACAAGACAAUCGUGGGCGAGAGGGGCGUCAGUCUCAGUGGAGGCCAACGCGCCCGUAUCUCGCUCGCGCGCGCAGUGUACAAGCGCGCGGACAUCUACCUGCUGGACGACCCGCUGUCCGCCGUGGACGCGCACGUCGGACGACACCUGUUCGAGUCCUGCCUCGUCGGCUACCUCAGGAACACUACCAGGAUACUCGUCACACAUCAGCUGCAGUUCCUAAGGGAUGUUGAUCAGAUAAUAAUCUUGAAGAACGGUUCGAUAGCGGCGGCGGGUAACUUCGACACGCUAAGCGCGUCAGGUCUGGACUUCGCGACGCUGUUGGCGCGAGACCCUGAGGAGGAGAAGCCGGCUGUCGACCCCAACGCGCCCGACACCGACACUGAGUCAAUACUGCAGGGCAGCUUCAGGAAACGACAGAUGAGCAUACAUUCCGUGAGUUCCGUAGACAACCUAACAGCGACGGCCCCGCCGGCGGCGGAGGCGGAGGGCCGCAGCGCGGGCGCGGUGGGCGGGCGCGUGUACGGCGCGUACCUGGGCGCGGCCGGCCACCCGUGCGUCGUCGUCGUCAUGAUGCUGGUCGCCACGCUCGCGCAGCUACUGGGCUCCGCGUCCGACUGGUGGACUAGCUACUGGGUAAACCUAGAAGAAGACCACCCUGUAGAGAGGAUGGCUGUGAUGAGGCGUGCCAAUGGAACUGCGCUACAGUUAGCCAACAACUUCACACAGAGCCUCAUGGAGAACACUUACUACGAUAAAGUCGGCCUCAGCAGAUACGACUGCAUCUAUAUCUAUACCGGCAUGGUGAUCGCUCUAGUCGUGGUAUCUCUGCUUCGUUCGUUUUUGUUCUUCACCAUGGCUAUGCGCGCAUCGACCCGGCUACACAACAACAUGUUCGCGUCCAUAACUCGCGCACCAAUGAGGUUCUUCCACAUCAACCCGUCAGGAAGGAUCCUGAACAGAUUCUCCAAAGAUAUGGGAGCGGUCGAUGAAGUGCUGCCAUCUGCGUUGCUUGACGUCUUACAGAUCGGUCUCUCCCUAAUCGGUAUCGUGGUAGUAGUGGCGAUAGUGAACUACUGGCUGCUAGUCCCGACUGUGGCCAUCGGCUUCGUAUUCUACGGCUUGCGGAUAUUCUACCUGUCCUCCUCGCGCAGCAUCAAGCGCCUCGAGGGUGUGACUCGCAGUCCGGUGUUCUCUCACCUGAACGCCUCGCUACAGGGCAUCACUACGAUACGCGCGUUUGGCGCUCAAGAGGCACUCAUCAGAGAGUUUGAUAACCACCAAGACCUGCAUAGCUCGGCCUGGUACUUGUUCAUCGCGAGUUCCAGAGCGUUCGGCUUCUGGUUGGACCUCGUGUGCGUCGUGUACAUCGCUAUGGUCACGCUUAGUUUCUUAGUAUUCGGCAAUGAUGAGUACGGCGGUAACGUCGGUUUAGCCAUAACACAAGCGAUGGGUCUAACGGGAAUGUUCCAAUGGGGAAUGCGGCAGUCCACUGAACUAGAAAACCAAAUGACCAGCGUUGAAAGGAUACAAGAGUACUCUACAAUAGAAUCCGAGCCGCCCCUGCAGUCGGAGCCGGACAAGAAGCCCCCGCCGUCGUGGCCGGAGGCGGGGCGCGUGCAGUUCCGCCACGUGUCGCUGUACUACGUGCCGGGCGAGCCCGCCGUGCUCAACGACCUCAGCUUCGACGUGCAGCCCCGGGAGAAGGUCGGCAUCGUCGGCAGGACCGGCGCGGGGAAGUCCUCGCUUAUCAAUGCGCUCUUUAGACUAGCAACAAUCGAGGGUGAGAUAAUAAUCGACGGCCGCGAGACCUCCCAGCUGGGUCUGCACGAGCUCCGCAGCCAGGUGUCCAUCAUCCCGCAGGAGCCCGUGUUGUUCUCGGGCACCAUGCGACACAACCUCGACCCCUUCGACGAGUACCCCGACCAGGUGCUCUGGCGCGCGCUCGAGGAGGUGGAGUUAAAAGAGGCUGUGAUGGAGUUGCCGGCCGGGCUGUCGUCGCGCAUGUCGGAGGGCGGCGGCAACUUCUCAGUGGGGCAGCGGCAGCUGGUGUGCCUCGCGCGGGCCAUCGUGCGCAGGAACAGGCUGCUCGUGCUCGACGAGGCCACCGCUAACGUCGACCCACAAACUGAUGCACUUAUACAAAUGACUAUAAGAAACAAAUUUGCGGAGUGCACCGUGCUCACGAUCGCUCACCGCCUUCAUACCGUCAUGGAUUCAGAUAAGGUGUUGGUAAUGGACGCGGGCCGCAUGGUGGAGUUCGACCACCCGCACAACCUGCUGAAGAACCCCGAGGGCGUGCUGCGCGGCAUGGUCGACCAGACAGGACGCGCCAUGGCCGAGACGCUCAGUAGAGUGGCCGAACAGGCCUACCAAAAGAAAUACGAGCAAGUAGCGGCGGGCAGCUCCGAUUGAUACAAACUAAUAUAGUGCUAGGCUAUGAAUCAAUUGUUCCUACAAUAAUAUAUUGUACAAAGGAUCUGGUGAUAAGUAAUUGUGCAUGGUGUGGGCAUGCAAUCUAACAUCACGGUUAUUUCCCAAUAAGUGAAAUGAUUAUUAAUUAAUUUGUAUUAUAUUUAUAUUGUAGGUGGACACUUCCAUGACUAAUGCGCCGAUUUGUAGGGGGAUUUAAUCGAUGCGGCGACGCAGAACCCUACUGCAUAGCUUUACGUGAAGAAAACUUUAAUAUUUCACGGUCAGUGGGUUCGCACUGCACUCGAGUUUUUAUAACGUUCCUCGACGUUGUUAUUGAAAUAUGUUUCUGAGUAGAGGAGCAUUAUCAGUAAUUAGUAACGUGAAACGUUUUUUUACGGCAUGUACUUAUAAACCCCUGCGCAUGAUGACAUAAUUGUAGCAGUUAGUGUGCGGUUGUUUUUAGAUUUUUCGGUCAAUUAACCCUUUAGUACUCGGGCAGCGAAGUAAAAUAAGGUUGAAUGAAACAAUUAAUCAACUAUUAAUUUUAGUCGAUGCGCGAAGUUCAACAGAUGCUCAACUAUUGAUUGAAUCUUUAGGGAAUUCAGUGUGUUCAAUUAUAUGUACUUACGUUAAAAAAUAAACCGCAGCAACAUAAUAACCGGCCUGUACAGAGCCUGGUUUUUAUGAAGCAUACGUAUAUCGUCAAUUAUUAGUGUAUCAUUGAAAACGAACACGUCUCCCGACCGGUUUGUUACUCUAUCUGUGUGAAUUUCUUUACUGAAUUCCGAGUAAACUUGUGGCUUGUAGUAAUCAUUUUACCACAUUUUACGAUCUUAGAACGAACGGAAAAAUUAAAUUGCUGACAUUCUACCUCGGUGUUGAGUAUCGACGCCUUGUUCCUGAUGAGUUGGAUGCGUUCAGGACUGGAAGUGUUGAUCUAACGUCACAAAAUGUAUUAGGUAUUUUUUAUAAAAUGAAAUAUUUUUAAGAAUAUGUUUUAUUAUUAUGUGACUUAGCUAAUAUGUUUUUUUUUUUAUAAACGACAAGUGAGAUUUACAUUUUUAUUUUAGAAUUUAACAAAUUGCAUUCAUGUGUGUGUACGUUUAAAACGGAAUAAUUUUUAAUAUUGAACUCGAAUACCAUUAUAAUAGAUUAUGUAUUGAAAUAAAUUAACGGUCCAAUAAUUGUGAGCUUUAAGGAGUAGUUACGAGGUGCUAGUACUUGUAAUCUUGUACUUAAGGGCCUCGGUCCUCGGCGUCUGCCUUUGAGCGGCGCACUCUCAAAUAAUGUACUUACCAAUCGAAAUGAACCUGUGAAUAAAUGGAUACUACAAGUAUCAAACACCAAAAGUGCUUAAUUUUGAGAUCUUAUAUUUUUAUGUGUAUCACGAUAGUUUUAUUUAAUUAUGAUUUUAAUGUUAUUGUUAAUGUGAUGCAAUGAAUUAGUGAAAACGUAAUGUACGCUAUUUAAAAUGUUAUGUAAGUAAGAACUUGUUACAUGUUGGUUUAUUGCAACAGAAAUAAAACAGUUUUUACGUAUCGA